GCCACUCUGAAGACGCGCCCUCCCCACCCCGCCGCGCGGCCUCGGUCCCGGGAUGGCGGUGCAGGUACGCACGGCGCCUCAGAGACCCCAGCAGGUGCCGUCGGAGCGCCGGCCCGCCGUCGCCGGCGGCGGGCCACCGGGCGGCCCUGGCCCCUGGAGCGGCGCCGGCACGCCUGCCGCGGGCGGUCCGCCCCUGGCUGGGGCGCCCCCGCCGGGGCAGCACGCGGCGGCGCCACAGGUGCUGCGCGGCGCGGCGCCCCCGCCCGUCGCCCUGGCGCAGCAGGCGUACGUGGCCCUGGGCCAGCCGGAGCCCCCCAACACGGCCCGCACCCAGCAGCCGCCCGUCCCCAGCCCGCUGGGCACUGGCAUCGCGCAGCGGCAGCCGAUGCCGUCGGGCCCCCAGCCAGUGCCGACAGGGCCGCAGCUGGGAGUGGCGCCGCGCACGGUGGUGCACCAGGUGCCCACCGCCCCGCCGGUCGGCAGCCACGCGACGCAGCCCGCGCACGCGCCGGCGCCCCCGCAGGCUUUGCCGCGCGGCAGCCGCCG